CCCUCUCACUUGGUGCGUGCUGAGACUCCUCUAGGACAUGGAGAAAUCCUGCAAAAUCAGCAAGUUCUUUAUUUUCUGCGUUGUGCUGGGAGUCCUCUCUGUGGCGACCAUUGUUACAUUGUGGGCUAUUGCACUGACAGAUAGCGUAGAGGUCGUCGCCCCAUGGGACAGGUACCGUCUCCCAGACACCCUGAAGCCUGACCACUACAACCUGACCCUGUGGCCUCGACUCACCGUCAACGCACAAGGCCUCUACAUCUUCACAGGGGAAUCCUAUGUGGUCUUCCAAUGUGUGAACGAGACAGACCUGAUCCUCAUACACUCCAACAAGCUGAACUACACCAAGUGGGAUGAUGGCCAUCUGGCUAAACUGACUGCUCUCGGUAGCACACCUGCACCAACCAUAAAGAAAUCCUGGCUACAGCUAACGACUCAGUUCCUGGUAUUGGAACUGAAUGGCAAGUUAGCUGUUGGAGAAUCCUACCAGCUGGACACAGUGUUUGUUGGGGAGCUGGCUGAUGACCUAGCAGGUUUCUAUAGGAGUGAAUAUGAAGAAGAUGGUGUUAAAAAGGUUGUAGCUACAUCUCAGAUGCACCCUACUCACACCAGGAAAACGUUCCCCUGUUUUGAUGAGCCUGCGAUGAAGGCCAUCUUCCACAUCACACUCCUCCAUCCCCAUGGGACUGUGGCCCUGUCAAAUGAAAUACUUAACGUCACUGUAAACACAGAGUCUGUCACACAGACCAGAUUUGAGCCAACCAAGAGCAUGUCAACAUACCUCCUGGCCCUGAUUGUCUGUGACUAUUCAAAUAUCAGCGCUCAGGAGAGAAAUAUUCAGAUUCGGAUCUGGGCUCGUAGAAAAGCCAUCAGUGAAGGACAUGGAGAAUAUGCCCUCAGUUUAACAGGACCAAUCCUGUCCUUUUUUGAGGUGUAUUACAAUACCACCUACCCUCUCUCCAAAUCAGACCAGAUUGCCCUUCCUGACUUCUAUUUUGGGGCCAUGGAGAAUUGGGGACUAGUUACCUACAGGGAAACAAAUCUCCUUUACGAUCCUUUAACAUCCUCCAAUGGAAACAAGGAGAGAACAGCCACCAUCAUUGCACAUGAACUUGCUCACAUGUGGUUUGGAAAUCUAGUGACCCUGAGAUGGUGGAAUGAAGUCUGGCUGAAUGAGGGCUUUGCAUCCUAUGUGUCUUAUCUUGGGGCUGAUUAUGCUGAAUCCACUUGGAACGUGAAAGACCUCAUAGUUCUUGAUGAAGUGCACAGGGUGUUUGCAGUGGAUGCCCUGGCCUCCUCUCACCCCCUGUCCUCCAAAGACGAUGACAUCCAGAAGCCUGAGCAAAUCAGUGAGCAGUUUGAUGCCAUCUCUUACAGCAAGGGGGCAUCAGUGUUGAGAAUGCUGUCAGAUUUUCUAACUGAACCAGUCUUCGUCCAAGGACUAAGUAGCUACCUGAAUCACUUCGCCUACGAUAACACAGUGGGGACAGACCUUUGGGAUCAUCUACAACGAGCAGUAGAUGCCAGUGACAUGGAACUUCCUGGUACUGUGCAUGACAUCAUGAACCGCUGGGUCCUUCAGAUGGGCUUCCCAGUGGUCACCAUAAACACAGCCACUGGACAGAUCACCCAGGAGCACUUCCUUCUGGACCCUGAUUCUGUGGGGAAUGUACCACCAUCUGACUUCAAGUACGAGUGGAUAGUACCAAUCAAAUGGAUGGUUGCAGGAGUGGUUCAGAAAGCGAUAUGGCUGCUUGAGAAAGAGGCUAUAAACAAUAAGUUGACACGUGGUCAGUGGGUACUAGCCAACAUCAAUGUGACUGGAUACUACAGGGUUAACUAUGACCUUGGCAACUGGGAACGUCUCCUCUUCCAACUGAGCACUAAUCAUCAGGUCAUACCAGUUAUCAACAGGGCACAACUUGUGGAUGAUGCUUUUAAUCUGGCAAGGGCAAAGUUCAUUCCCACAAUAUUAGCUCUGAAAACGACAAAAUACCUCUCCAAAGAAAUUGAAUAUAUACCGUGGGAGUCGGCUCUGGACAAUUUGGAUUAUUUCUACCUCAUGUUUGAUCGCACUGAGGUCUAUGGGACUAUGCAGGAUUAUGUGAAGAAUCUAGUGACACCCCUUUUUCAACACUUCAAGACUAUUACUGCAAACUGGAGUAAAGUGCCUGAUGGGCAUACAGACCAGUACAACCAGGUGAAUGCCAUUAGGAUGGCCUGUAGCACGGGACUGGUUGAGUGUCAGAAUCUGACUAAAGGCUGGUACAGUCAGUGGAUGGCUGACCCUGACAACAAUCUGAUACAUCCUAAUUUGAGGACGACAGUGUACUGCAGUGCCAUUGCAGCAGGCGGGGCUGCAGAGUGGGAUUUUGGUUGGAACAUGUUCAAGAAUGCCACUAUUGCAAGCGAAGCAGACAAACUGAUGUCAUCUCUGGCAUGUACUAAGGACCAUGAACUUCUGAAUAAGUACCUGAGAUACACAUUGGAUUCAGACAAAAUCCGUAAGCAGGAUGCAACGUCUGUCAUUGUGUACAUCUCCAGUAAUGUUGAAGGUCAAACAUUGGCUUGGGACUUUGUGACACAGAACUGGGAGUACAUGUUCACACAGUAUGGUGUUGGAUCCUUCUCAUUUGCCAACCUUAUAAGUGGUGUGACAAUGAGAUUCUCAACUAAAACUGAACUUGAACAGCUCCAGAAAUUCAAGGAGGACAACUCUGAGAUUGGUUUUGGCUCAGGGACCUUGGCAUUGGAGCAGGCCACCGAGAGAACUACAGCCAAUAUCAAAUGGGUGGAUGAGAACAAGAAGGAAGUGUGGGACUGGUUCUUGAGUGAGACUGCCUAAAAAACCCUCAAUGCUUUGGUUGUCCAACAGGCUUAAAUAUGUUAUUUUACUAUGGAAGAAAAGUGCUUGGAUUAUUUGCUGGGUUUUAAUUUUAUGUUAAAGGUCCAAUGCAGCAGUUUUUAUCUCAAUAUCAAAUCAUUUCUGGGUCACAAUUAAGUACGUUGCUGUGAUUGUUUUCAAUUAAAAUGGUCAAAAAUAAAAAUAGCUUCUUAGCAAAGAGCAAUUUCUCAAGAAAUAAUUUUGCUAGCACUGUCUGGAAGUGGUCUGAGUGGGGAGGGGAAAACUGAAAACUAGCUGUUAUUGGCAGAUAGGUUUGGAACUCUGUUUCUUA